AUGGAAUGUGCGGGCGGCAUCGUACAUGCAGCCGUGACAAGCCGCAGCGCUAGUACCAACGACGGAAGAGCGGCGGCAGCGGCGCAGCAUCACGCCGAUGGCCAGCGCGCGCUGGCGAUCGGCUUGUUCGAGGCGGCGGGCGCUGGUGCGCUUCGCCACGCGCAAGCAGCCGUCCCCACCAGCAAGUUCAAGAUGAUGACGGCGGAGGAGAAGAUCGUGUCGAUGUUGGGGGCUGGCGUCCAAGGAGGCGUGAUGUCCAAGGUGGUGGAGACGCCGUCGACGCCGGAGGCCGCCUGUGAGCCACCGGCGACGCUGAUCAGCCUCACACCGACAGCCAGUGCGCGCUGGCGAUCGGCUUGUUCGAGGCGGCGGGCGCUGGUGCGCUUCGCCACGCGCGUGCAGCCGUCCCCCACCAGCAAGUUCGAGAUGAAGACUGGGGAGGAGAAGAUCGGACGUGAUGUCCAAGGUGGUGGAGACGCCGGCGACGCCGGAGGCCUGGUGCGCUUCACCACGCGCAAGCAGCCGUCCCCCACCAGUAAGUUCAAGAUGAUGACGGCGGAGGAGAAGAUCGUGUCGAUGUUGGGGGCUGGCGUCCAAGGACGCGUCAUGCCCAAGAUGGUGGACACGCCGUCGACGCCGGAAGCCGCCUGUGAACCCCCGGCGACGCGGUUCAGUGUCACACCGACGGCCCGCGCGCGCUGGCGAUCGGCUUGUUCGAGGCGGCGGGCGCUGGUGCGCUUCGCCACGCGCGUGCAGCAGUCCCCCACCAGCAAGUCCAAACCCCGACGCGACGUGGACGACGACCCCGCUGACUUGUUUGACGGAGACCGCGGAACGCAGGAAACCCCGGUCGUCAUUUCAGCCACGUCUUCGUCUGAACUACACGAGAUUUUGAUUGGUAUGAGCCAGCCGCCGUGCGCUAUGCCGGGUGAGGCUGCGCCUGUGUGUGUCGAGGUCUCGACGGACUUGAAGGGAGCAAUUCCUAUGGCUCGGGACGAGGCGAGCACGCAGUUUACGACAACUCAUGCGUCGAAUACCCAUGUCUCUGCGGUUCAUAUCGAGCCAAGAAACUCGACGCGGAAAAACUCGACGCAGAAAAUGUCGACGAGGGACGCGUCGAAGGAGAUGCGCCAGCAAGAACUUGGUAAUCACCCCGUGAUGUCCGUCAGCGAGCGCACUACAACACGUCCCCAGCCGCGUCUCGGCUCGGACAGCGACUUCGACGAUCGACUGAACCUUGAGGUCGAUGCACUCGGACAUCGAGCGGUGAUUGCAACCAAUACGACUUGCUCCGUCACAUCGGCCGCACCUCCGCGACUUCGACGGCCCGCAGCUGCUCAUGGACAAAAACCUUGGCUGGCUUCAUCUGGGUCCGACUCAGUGUCGGUUGCGACAACAUCUAGGCGACCGUUGGGCACGGCGCGGGCCUCGACGACUCCCGAGCAAUCGCGUUACGACGCACGAGUGCGACCGGUCUCACUCGAUGCGCUCAAGCAACUCAACCCAGGGCGAACACUCGACGUCCGCCUGCGUUCCAGCCGGGAUGCACCGCGCCUGUGGGUCACGCGCAGCAAAACGUGGGUUACAACCAUGUUUAAGACUAAGAUCGAGCGACAAACAUACCUGCGGGUGACCAACAUCACGGACGAGACAAUAACGCUCGACGCAGACAUGACAGUGGGCUGGUGGACACCCUCCGAUGUGUUUCCGUCUGCGCCCCGCUUCGUACUGGCGACUAAUCGACAUUACCAAGAUUGGCAGAACCUGGCGUAUGAAGUGACCUGGGACGAUGACGAAACCUGGCGGGAUGACGAACUCGUCUGGCCCAUGUAUGGAUGGCCGACGGACGAAGAUCUGGAAUCCGACGGGCGUCGGGGUGAGCAAGAGGAGGAAGAUCGCACGGGGAGUGAGCCGAGAUUGUACCCAGUUGCUGUCGCGAACUCACUGCCAGCACGGCCGACGUGUGCGUCUGAAGCGGCAGCGUCGCCGGACGACAAGUCACUGAAGUACGGCCCCUCGACGUGGUUGCGCGAGACGACGACGGAAAUAGCCGUCGUGAGGACGACGUGCGUACGGUCGGACCAAGGGUCGCGGAGAAGCGACUAUGCGAGACGCCCAGAUGAAGCGCCUGGAACUGAACAACAGGUCGAGGAUUCGUCGGGCGAGGUGGUGCGAGGCGUGCAAUUCUAUGGGAGCUCGCGGCAAUGGGGCGAGAUGCGACAGCCGGACGAAGGGUCGCACGUUGAGAAAUCCAGUCGCGACGAGUCGCAGAAGUGCGACAGCGUGAGACGGGUGAGAUGGAACGUCGCGGAACAGUCGGAUGAACUGUCCCAGAAAUGCGACGCCGUGAGACGGAGGGAAUACGACACCGUGCGACAGCCGGGCGAAGGGUCGCUCUUGAGAUGGACAGAAUGUGACACCGUGCGACAGCCGAGCGAAGGGGCGCUGAGACGCGACGACCUGAGACUGGCCGAAUGCGACUCCGGGAGCCGAUCAGAUGCGAAGUCUCAGAAGUGCGACAGUAUGCGACCUGCGGAGAAAGGUGGAGGAUUGCAUCGUUGGAGUCAUUCCGCCGUCGAAAUCGUGAAGAACAAGUCGAAUGCGACCUUCGACGCAGUGGAGGAAGGGCAUCGCAUCGUUAACCUCGAGCUAUUAUCCGGCCUCAAGAGGCAUGAAGGCGCCAGCUUUGCGGUCUACCGAGGUGACACCGAAUACCAUGGCGUGCCGCCCGAAGGGUUGCUGGUCGAGGUACCAGGUGCCACUCGACGGAUGCACAGUGGAGUCGAAGAACCUGCCGCCCGGAAGACGGUGGACGAGGGGUCUGCAGCUAUAUUGACUUCAGACCCGGGAUGCACUACAAGCCCCGUGUUGUUAAGACGCGCGUCGACACAGGGCCGUGGGGCCCGAUGCGCUGACUGGCGGGCCGUUCCGGUGCGAGCCGAGCUUUGGCCCGGCACGCGUACUCAGGUAGGCGACGCGGCGGAAACCUCAUCGCAGACCUGGUACGCGAAGGCACAGCGCCGCCCCGAGGACACCGGGGAACCGGGUUCUGGGGAACGCGGUCAACGCCCCGCGACGGCCGGUUUUGCUGACGCGAUGCACAGGGCGAUGGACGGUGCCGGCUCGGCGAAGACUCAUUCAGGCUACUGCAGUGCAGAAUGCGUCGAGCCUGGGAACGGUGACGCCAACACAGCACGGGCGCCGGUGGUUGUCGUACAGCCAGCGGAUCGCUCGCGAGAAGAUAUCCGACCCCGGACGUUAGAUCCAGAAACCGCGUCACCUGCCAAUCUCGUCGCGGAGGAUUGCGACGCGAAAAAACUCGACGUGGAAAAUCUCGACGCGAAAAAUCGCGACGAGGACAACCCUGUCGCAAACGUGCCGGAAUUAGAUCCGCCGACGCCGGAUAACAUGGAUUUGGGGCGCGGGGCCGCCCACGUCCUCGCGGUGACGAUGCGCUCGGCUUCUGCGUGCGCGACGAACCCCAGAGGCAGAGUUCCAGGUGUCCUACAAGAGCUGGCUGCUCAGAACCCGUCGAGCCUGGUCAAGACCCCUCCCAGAGCGGCUAAAGGCGCAGAGAGUCAUGGCCCUGGGCAUUUUACGGGGCGCGGUGCGUUGGACGAAGACGCGUUUUGCGCCGGAUCUGGUUGUGCAUUCAAGUUUUUAGGUCGCAACGAGAAACACCACCGCCGACUCGCGCAGGUGAACGCGCAAGAAGUCGACCAAGGUGUACACGUCGCAGAUCGGACUCGGGGCGGAGUCGCGACGACGGACACGGCUGAAGUCAAUUUGCCGAUACGGUAUUGCUUGGAUUGCGACAGCUCCGGUCUCCCCAACGAGCUUAAGCGCAUGUCCGACGCACUGGCAGGAUGCGAGCUACAACGUCAUGAGUGCAACGCGACGGGAAACUCGUCGCAGACCCGGUGCGCAGAGACGCUACACCACCGAGAGGAGAUCGUCAGGAAACCAGAUGCCACGAAACACGGUCAAUGUCGUGCGACGGACAGUCACGCUGAAGCGAGACGCGGGGCGAUGGGAAGUGCCCCCGACGCGGCGAGAGCGCAGGGGGGUGGCAUCCAGCCCGGUGCAGCGCGGAACGCGUCGAGACUGAGCGCGACGAGGAUGCCAGAAGUUCUACAUUGCGCGAUGGACAGUCACGCGGAGGCGAGACGUGGGGCGAUGGACAGUGGCCUCGACGCGGCUAGGACGCAGGUGGCCGGCAUCGAGCCUGCUGCAACGAGGAACGCGUCGAGUCCGAUCAGGAGGCCUGUUGAAGUGUCGAAAUACGUGGAGGGUCCAACGUCAGUACAGCUCUCAGCCUUCGACGACGCGAUAAACAGAAACCCACCGUGCAUCGAGGCUGAUUGGGGAUUCGAGGUUGCGAGGAACGUGUCGGACGCUACGAGUGACUCGUCGCGCGACGGGACAGAGUCGACGCGCCGAGGGAUAUACAUCCUUCAGAACCGCCGACUCGCGCAGGUGAACGUGCUAGUAGUCGGCCAAGCCAGGGACGACGCCGAUCGGACCCGGGGCGACGUCGAGGUGAUGAACAGGGCUAGAGUGAAUUCGUCGAUGUGGUAUUGCUGGGAUCGCGGCGGAAUAAGAUGUGCCCGCGGGCUAGACCUCAUGCUCGACGCUGUGUCGCGAGGCGCCACGUUGGUGAGCCCGUACGCCGUACGUCUUGAGACGGGCGGCACGCCUGGUCAGUUUUCGGUCAAGGACGUUUCCAAGUUGAGGCCUGUCCGCGCUAUGAUCAAUGGGGCGACCCCGUCGAACGAGCCCGCUGACUGCCGCGACGAGAUGCCGCUAGAAGUGAGCCGGGACACUAGCGCUGUGAAGAGCGACGGCGUUGCGUACUCAAAGGUCAGGGACAAGCACACCAAGACGGUUCGCGUCGUGGUGGACUUGACGCCCUCGUUUCGGCUCGCGCGCGACCGAGAUCCGCGGUGUACGUCAAGGGCGAUAAUCGCCGUCGGAAAACUGCCGAACCAGUGCGCCGAGCCCAAGCGACGGUCGCUACAGAUCGGACCGCGUGCGCAGAUGCAGUGCGUCAGGUUGUGCGCCAAAGCGCAGGACAGUCAGAACGAGUCGCGUCGCGAGACGAGUAGUUCGCUUCACCAACUGUAUUUCGACGUCCGCACCUCCAAGCAAAACCCCGUUGAAGAGUUUCCGUCACACGCCACGACGUGUUGGGCCGUGUCAACGAACGGACCGUUUGACUCCACCGAUACGUGUUUACCGGAGCACAGCCCGACACUCGCUCCGGACGAGGAUGCUUCCGAAGGGGAGAAAACCUUGGAGCUGCAUGCUUGCCGAGGUUCCCGACAUGGAUGCGCGCACCGCGAGUCCGACGCGACCUGGAGAGGCUAUACUGACGAACUAGAUGCCAACUGCGAAAAGUGGCGACGCGACUUCUCACGUCAGCGAAUCGGCCGUUAUCGUCUUGGGGCGAUCUAUUCGCGCGACGACGAGGGGCGGCUGAACCGAUCCCUGGUGGAAAUCCUCGACUUUGGGAAUGGCCGGAGCGAGGGGUUGGAUGAGGGAAGUGUGGAGGACCAGCCGGUUGCUGAAGAUGGGACGGCGGAGGGUCGUCUCAUAAAAGAUGUGAAGAAGUGGAAAGAAACGAAGGAAAAGAACAAGAACCACGUGUUGGAGUUACGGCUACAACGACUACGAGUAACGACAACGUGGUGCACUAGGACCCUCUCAAGGGGGACCAUGUCAGUGAACGCGACGAGGGAUGUCGCCGACGGCGACGCUUGGUCUGAGGCCGGCACGCUGGGGCGUCGCUCAGCAGCCGAAUGCGACGCGACUGCGAGCCUUGGACGGCUGCGCUGUCCGGAGCGGUCGUGUCGGCCACUGUCAAAGGUCGCCGACUGUGCCGCCGAGACGAAGGCGAAGACGAUGGAGUUGAGACCGAACUGGGAGACCGGCACGCUUAACGCGUUGAUAUCCCGGCUCCGCUAUACCGAGACGCCGGACCUGGACGGAGCGUUGGACUUGGACGGUGCGUCGGAACCCGAGGCUUACCCGCGGAUAACGAGUGGAAGCGAGACAGGAGCAGCGGGAGCCGCCGCACGGCUUGACUCCGAAGGCCACAGCGUUCAUCUCCACCGCGACGGAAGCUUCAAGUCGACGGAUCAGGUCGUAGGUGUGCCCCACCCGUCCUCAAACCGCGACAUGCUCGUCGCGGUCCUGGAUGGCCACGUCGCGCUCGUCUUCCAGCUCGAUUACGUGAGCGCUGGGACAGUGGACUUGGGCGCUCGCGGGCUCUCGCCGCUAGCCCCACACGCGACGUAUUUCCAGCCGCACCGCGCGUUCUUCGGUGUGGGUCACAAGGAGCGCGUUAUUGCGCCGAGGCGCAUUACGGACAAGGGUGAGAUGCUCAACAAGGGCAGUGCGUCGGCGGUGUUGCGCUCCUCUUUGGAGAGUCGAAGCUUGACGCACUUGAUCCCUCGCGACGCCGCCAGGGCUUGA